AUGACUUCAGAAGUCUAUAUGCCAUGCCCUGUGUGCCUCAUUGAGAAUGUGAAAGGGCAAUUGACAGCCAACGAGGAAGCUCUAGAGAUCCUGUCUAACAUCAAACAGCCUGUGGUAGUGGUGGCCAUUGUGGGCCUCUACCGCACAGGCAAAUCCUACUUGAUGAACAAGCUGGCUGGGCAGAAAUCAGGCUUUCCCCUGGGCUCCACAGUACAGUCUAAAACCAAAGGGAUCUGGAUGUUGUGUGUCCCUCAUCCCCAGAAGCCAGACCACACUCUAGUUCUGCUUGACACCGAGGGCCUGGGAGAUGUUGAAAAAGGUAAUAACCAGAAUGACUGCUGGAUCUUUGCCCUGGCUGUGCUUCUAAGCAGCACUUUUGUGUACAACAGCAUGGGAGCUAUCAACCAGCAGGCCUUAGACCAGCUGCACUAUGUGACAGAGCUGACAGACAGAAUCAGAACAAGAUCCUCACCUGACCAGCAUGAGGUUGAUGUCUCAGAUGAGUUUGUGAGCUUCUUCCCGGACUUCGUGUGGACUCUGAGGGACUUCUCUCUCGAGCUGAAAGUAGAUGGGCAUCCCAUCUCCCCAGACGAAUACCUGGAAUAUUCCCUGAGGCCCAUAUAUGGUACUGGCCAAACAAAUAAAGAAAAGGAAUUAAAUUUGCCUCGGCUCUGUAUCCAAAAGUUCUUCCCAAAGAAGAAAUGCUUUGUAUUUGAACGGCCAGGAAAUAGUAGGCAGCUUGCCCAGGUUGAAUCGCUGCAGGAUAAAGACCUCGACCCAGACUUCGUGGAACAAGUUGCAGAGUUCUGCUCCUAUGUGCUCAGUUGUUCAAAGAUUAAAAUGCUUUCAGGAGGCAUCAGGGUCAAUGGACCACGACUAGAGAGUUUGGUGAUAACCUAUGUUAAUGCCAUCAGCAGUGGGUGUCAGCCCUGCCUGGAGAAUGCUGUCUUAACUCUGUCCCAGGCGGAGAAUGCAGCAGCAGUGCAAAAGGCCAUUGCCCACUAUGAUCAGGAGAUGAGCCAGAAGAUGCAGCUGCCCACAGAGACCCUCGAGGAACUAUUUAAUAUGCACUGGGCCAGUGAGAAAGAAGCCAUCACUAUUUUCAAGCAAAAUUCCUUCAAAGACAUUAAUGAAGUGUUCCUGAAACAAUUAGAGACCAAUUUAGCAACAAAACGAGAGGAAUUCCUUAAGAAGAAUGAACAGGCAUCCUCAGAUCGCUGCUUAGCACUUCUUCAAGAUAUUUUCAGGCCACUAGAAGAAGAUGUGAAACAGGGAGUUUAUUCUAAGUCAGGGGGAUAUCAUCUUUUUAUCCAGAAGAUACAGGAGUUGAAGAAAAAGUAUUAUGAAGAACCUAGAAAGGGAGUUCAGGCUGAAGAAGUUCUGCGGAAAUUUUUGCAGUCCAAGGAGGAACUGAGUGAUACAAUUCUACAGACAGACCAGACUCUGACAGAGAAGGAAAAGGAGAUUGAAGUGGAGCAUGUGAAAGCUGAAGCUGCACAGGCUACAACAAAAAUGCAGGAGGAAAUGCAACAGAAGAAUGAGCGCUUGCUGCAACAAAAAGAGAAGAGUCAUGAGGAGCUCGUGAAAAAGUUGACUGAGACAGUAGAGAAAGAACAGAUCCAGAUGAGAGAAAUGCAACAGAGAAAUGAACAGCUGCUGCAACAGAAAGAGAAGAGUUAUGAGGAACGCACGAAACAGUUGACUGAGAAGGUGGAGAAGAGAGAGGCUCAGGUGAGAGAAAUGCAACAGAAGAAUGAACAGUUGCUGCAAGAGAAAGAGAAGAGCCAUGAGAAACACAUGAAACAGAUGAUUGAGAAGAUGGAGAAGGAACAGGCUCAGAUGAGAGAAAUGCAACAGAAAGAGAAGAGUCAUGAGGAGCUGGUGAAAAAGUUGACUCUGAAGGUACAGAAGGGAGAGGCCCAGAUGAGAGAAAUGCAACAGAAGAAUGAACAGAUGAUGCAACAGAAAGAGAAGCAUUACGAGGAACACACAAAACAGCUGACUGAGAAGAUGGAGAAGGGAGAGGCUCAGAUGAGAGAAAUGCAACAGAAGAAUGAGCAGUUGCUGCAACAGAAAGAGUACAGUAACAAACAGGCUAUGAAGAUGAUAAAUGACAAAGAUCAGCAGCUAUAUUGA